AUGUCGAAUAUUCUCCAGAACGGCCAGCCUAUGUCUGGCUAUGGCUGGCUAUGGCUGGCGAUACCUAAUAGGUCCGGGCACGCCGUGCGAGAAAUGCGCAAAGCGCAAUCACGUUUGUCGCCGCGACGGGUACCCUGGCCAUGGGUGCAGCACCUGUAUCCGUUUGAAGGAGCAGUGCUCCCUCACUCGGCUUCCCAAUGGCCCCCGCGUCUCCGGUACAUCGGCCUUCACACCGACGUCUCCCCUGAGGUUGCCGCCCGCUACGACCACACGCCCCGCAUUCCCCGUUCCACGAUCGUCGAGGGGAGCCCGCCGGCCGACCUCCUGGCGUCCUACGCACCCCCGCCAGCUCGUUCCCCGUCUCCUGUGGCUGGCCCGUCCCGCUCCGUCCGUCGCCGUGUCCAGGACCUUGCGGGCGGCCUCGACGCGGUCGAGCGGUUCGUCCUUCGUCCGGGUUUGCUCGGCGCCCCCAACGACGCGGCGGGACGUGUCACUCCCGAUGAGGACACCGAGAUGGCGGACGCCGCCGCGGUCGACGCGGAUCUGGAGUCGGAGGAUGCGCAGUAG